AGAUAAUGAAAGGAUCUCGCGCGGGAACAGGGUGUCCGAUGAAAGAGAAAUCUUUGGUGUGUUCUUGGGAAGGUUGCGAAUGUCCAGCAAAGGAAAACUCUAGUUCAGAGACCUUCAGCAAACAUGUGAUAAGCCAUUCAUUUGAAGAAGGCGAGGACACUGGAGAAUGUAAUUGGAUCGGAUGCCCAACAAAUGAAGAUCGAGAAGGACCUCGGUUCAACAACAGACAGAGACUUGCCCGUCAUUUGUCCCUUCAUGCUUACGUUGUGUGGCUGCACUCACAGGGACUCGAGUUUUGUAACAAACUAGGCAGUGGAUCGUUAGUCUGUAAGAAGCCGUAUGUGAAAGCCGCGAUGCUCUUGCUGGAUUGUGAAGACCCGUGGAAAUGUCGUUGGGACGACUGCUCUGCUAAAUUUGACAACAUCCUGACAUUUUUUGCUCACAUGCGUUGGCAUGCCCAUCAGGUCCGCAACGAUCCUCCACCGAUUCCGUGUCUUUGGGCUGAGUGUGACAGCGGAACGGAGUGUAAAACCUGGUCAAAACUCGUAGAGCACCUGCGGAAACACAGCGGCGAGAAAACCGUUUCGUGUCCGUCCUGUGGCCUGGCCCUGGCCAGCCGGUCGAAACUGCGGGAGCACGCCCGCCGCCAGGCCCCGACGUCGGCGGAGCACAAGUGUCGCCACUGUUUCAAGUGCUUUCCGUCGGAGCGUAUCCUGCGAGACCACGCCCGCCGCCACAUCAACCUCUACUGCUGCAGCGUGUGUCACUUGACGCUGUCGUCGCCAUCGGCCAUGGCCAACCAUUACCUGUUUCGACACAACACCACGCGUCCAUUUGUGUGCCAGCAGCCCAACUGCAAUUAUGCCUGUGCCCGGAAAGCUGAAUAUGAUCGACACAUGGAAACCCAUAUGGAGGAACCGAGUGAUAUAAUGUGCCCAUUACCAACGUGUGAUUUCCGUGCGAAGAAUAAGCGAGCCCUACUAUACCACGAGAAACAUGAACACAGUGGGGCGGAGAAGCGGGUUUACGUGUGUCACGUUUGCGAAGGAAGAUGGACUCGUGGAAGCGUGUUGACUCAACACCUGAAGAAACAGCACGGUAUUACUUUGCCGGAUCGCUACAAGCGACACACGUAUUUGCGCGGUGAAGACGGCCUGUACCGCGUCCAGACCGAGCGGUACGAACUGGCGGCUGCCCCUCCGCCGCCGCUCAGUGCCGGUAGUCCCGGGGAAAAUGACAGCGAGGCAAGUGGCGACUCUCUAAGCCAGUUUUUUAGCAGUUUUGAAACAUUUUGGAACCCUCUAUCCUUUGAGCAGUUGGCUGACUACGAGCUGGAGUCCGAGACCAGUGAAAACCGAUCCUGGGUUUACGAUGAAGACAAUUAUGCUCAAGUUGACGAAAGAGAAGAAGAGGAUAUGGACGAAGAAAUUGACGAAGAUGACCUGAGUGAAUCCAGGACCAUCAGUCCGAGUCGUACCGGAGCUACUCAAUUCUCCGGUGCCCCGGACCUCGAAAGCAGCAGUGAUCAAGAACACGCUGUACCUCGGGGCAAGUGUCACAGGACGAAGUGGGGAGCUGGAAGUGGGUCGAAUUUCGUCCCUGGGGAUUUGAGUUACUUCGUGAGUUUUGCAACCGCAGCAGCUGUAGAACAGUCGUACUACCAAUUGCUCGGGGUCAGUAAAGGCGCUACGCAUGCUGAAAUCAAGAAAGCGUAUUACAAGCUGUCGAAGAUUUACCACCCGGAUACGAAGCAAGAUGAUAUCUCAGUGCAGAAGUUCCGCGAGAUUUCAGAAGCAUAUCAGGUGCUUGGAAAUCUGCAGUUGAGAAGAUUGUACGACCGAGGGUUAUUGCACACUGCCGAUGGCUUCCAUCACACUAGAAAGAAUGCUCGCAGUGAUUUUGCUGAAGUGAAACGUCAUAGUCAACCAGGGACGCAGAAAGGACCCUCGAAACCUGUAAAAAUGUCCGGACAGACCCGCGUGUAUGAUUACGACGCCUGGCAGAGUCAGGCAAGUAGUCAGUUCCGGUUAGAAACCGGCGUGCUCUUUACACUGUGCAUGGUGUUGGGAGUGCUUGUCUACGCAGCUUCGGUCGCGGAGAAAGAAGCUGACCGUCCCCGUCAUACUAGGCAUGAAACGGAUGUAGUCAGUUCCGGUGUACAAAUUAUCAACACGUGCAAUAUCAUGAGUGCCGCAGGCGCGUUGAUGCGCUAUGUUCCACCGCAUGUGAAACCCAAAGGAGAAGAUGUCCAUAACUUGCAGAAGUUUCUGGACUCGGUGAAACGCGUGUUUGUGUUGACUGGUGCUGGAAUGUCAACUGAAAGCGGUAUUCCCGACUACCGAUCUGAGAAAGUUGGAAUGUAUGCCACGACGGACAGACGACCAGUUCAAUUCCAUGAAUUUGUGUCAAAAGCCGCUGUCAGAAAGAGGUAUUGGGCUCGGAAUUUUGCUGGUUGGGAUCGUUUUUCGAAACUGCAGCCUAACCGGGGCCAUAUUUCUGUGGCAAACUGGGAGAAAACUGGAAGAUUGGUGGCAACUGUGACGCAAAAUGUGGACAGAUUGCACCAAAAAGCAGGUUCGAUUGAUGUUGUUGAUCUUCACGGAAAUGGCUACACUGUAAGGUGCUUGCAGUGUCCGUACACGCAGCCGCGAUCUGAGUUCCAAAAGAUUCUGCUGGAAAUGAAUCCUGAAUUGGCAGCCAGGUUGCCUCAAGUGACUUCCACUGCUUCUGUUCGCCCUGACGCAGAUGUAGAGUUGUCUGAUGAAGAUUUUCUGAAUUUCAUUGUGCCAAGCUGUCCGAAAUGUUUGACCGGCAAUUUGCAGCCUAGCAUCGUAUUUUUUGGGGACAAUAUUCCCAAACGUUUGGUUGACGACGUUAAGAAUCGUAUUGGGCUCAGUGAUGGACUAAUCGUUUUGGGAUCAUCUCUCGAGUUCAAGGAAUAUUGUCCUAUCGUGUUCCGAAACCUUCGAGAACGCUUUGGAAUGGACGAUUUUGAUUACCGAGAAAGUUUAACUGCGCUGCAACCGAUCGCAGUUAAAGCUUUUGGCAGAGGUGGAGCAAAGUUUUAUCUCAGUCAUGAUCAGCUUUUCGUGAUUAAAAUGCUGACUCGCGAGGAAGUUGAGCAGAUGCAUUCUUUGUUGAAACCGUAUCAUCAGUACGUCGUUGAAAGGCAUGGGAAGACGCUUUUGCCGCAGUACAUGGGAAUGUACAGGCUGACUGUUGAGAACGUUGAGCACUAUUUUGUUGUGAUGCGAAAUAUUUUCAGCGCCAAUUUUAAAGUUCACGUACCUCCUCGUCGAGGUGCUAGAGAGCAGCCGCCACCUCUAAGAUCAUUACGGCACGGGACGCCGCCAGACAGUCCUUUGACAUCCCAUGGCCGCCCCAGGGCUUUGUCGAAUGGACAGAUUGACCCUCACACCGAUCUCUAUGCCAUACCCAGCGUC